CCGAAUGCUGCAGCAGCUGACGUGAGGGUUGAACUUUGGUUGUACGUAAAAAUUAUUGUUAUUACACGGUUCUAAAUCGUUACAUUUCAAAAUGACUUCUGCUGAAAUUGAUGAACUUUUUGAAGUAAAGAAUUCAUUGUAUAUUGGGAAUUAUCAACAUUGUAUCAAUGAAGCUCAGAAAGUAAAGCCUCGAGACGACACUGCAAGAGCUGAGCGGGAUGCCUACUUGUACAGAGCACUGCUCGGCCAGCGCAAAUAUGGAGUUGUGCAGAGUCAAAUCAAGUCCAAUGCUGUCCCUUCACUCCAGGCUAUUAAAUUACUAGCACAGUUCCUACAAGAUGCUCAACAAGAGUCAAGUAUUGUGCCUGAGUUGGAAAGUCUGGUGGCAAGCAGCAGCCUCGACCCUGGCAGUGUGACAAUUGCCAUUGCUGCUGCCACUGUCUAUUGCCACUUGGACAAUUACGAGGCAGCUUUAAGGAUCCUCAACCAGCACGACACUCUGGAGUGUCAUGCUGAGAUGUUACAGGGCGGGGACAAGCUACAGGACGCCUACUACGUCUACCAGGAGCUCAUCGACAAGAACACCUCGACGCCCCUGCUGCUGACGGGGCAGGCGGCCUGCUUCCUGGGCCAGGUGUGCUGCAUGGCGGCGCCUCAGGAAGGCGGUGGCUCCGGAGGAGGGGAAGAGAGCAGUGGGUCCACUUCAAGGAUGUCGGAGAAGGAUGGAAGUGAAGAGUGGACUGCCGCAGUCGGUCCAGGGUUUGUCCAGUGGUCCAGUUGGUUACAGGGCGGGGACAAGCUACAGGACGCCUACUACGUCUACCAGGAGCUCAUCGACAAGAACACCUCGACGCCCCUGCUGCUGACGGGGCAGGCGGCCUGCUUCCUGGGCCAGGGCAAGACGGAGGAGGCCGAGGCCGCCCUGCAGGAGGCCCUGGACAAGGACCCGAACUGCGCGGACGCGCUGGUCAACCUCAUGGUGCUGGCCCAGCACACGGCCAAGCCUGCUGAUGUGUCGUCGCGCUACCUGGCGCAGCUGCGCGACUCGCACGCUGCGCACGAGAUCCUGCGCGACCUGCGCGCCCGGGAGGACGACUUCGACAGGCUGGUUAAGGCCUACACUUUUGUGCAGGCCUAAGGGUUUUGUGCAGGCCUAGGGGCUUGUCAAGGCCUACACAUUUGUGCAGGCCUAAGGGUUUUGUGCAGGACUAAGAGUUUAAGUUUAUGUUACUUUCAUUGAAAAAAUAUUAGAUAUUUUUUGAAAAUGAUGACGGAAUUAGACUCGUCAGAAUCCAAGAAAGAACGUUCGUAUGAAUAUUUCUAUUCAUAUUUUUAUGAAAGUAAAAUGUUUUGACCAUGCUAUUCCAUCAAGCAUUGAUAGUUUAAAAUGAGCCUUCGUCUUUAGAGAUUUUGUUAUCUUGAGGUUCAUGGUCUCUUGCAUACAAUCAGAGACAUGAGUGUGACGUUGUCCAAAUAAUGAUGCACUUUUGUUUGUGUGGAUCAUCCUGUGACCCGGUUUGACCCGGCAAUAGUGCGUGUCAGCGUCAGCUUGUGGACAAUGUGAUCCAUUAAUUUUUCAGAGAUCACUCCGGUUCGAAGGAUUUCAUUCACAUCCUUCCUUCCAAUAAUCGUUAAUUUCGAACGCCCUUUAUUUAUGUUAAAAAAUGGUGAUUUUUCAUUCAGUUUUUAGAAUCAUUAUCCAGCUUUCAUUACUGAGCCAUGAUUUUGAUAUCAAUUUUUGCAGUAGAUGAUCAUUAAUAUUAAUAUUUCGGCUCAAUGGCUUAUAAAUUAAAUAAUGAUUUAUUUCUCCAGUUUAAAUUCUUGGGGCAUUCAAUCAUCGCAUUUGAGGCAUUCAAUUUGAAUGUUGAGAAUCAGUAAAAAAAAAGUCGACUUUCUAAUUGGAAUUUUAGACUUUGUUCCGUACAGUUCAUUUAUUUAUUAAGUUUUUAAUAGAAAUUAGGAGAAAAUGAAAGAUAUCUUGUAUUUUUAGAUAUAUUAUUUAUCUUCCAGUUUCGUUCAUUUCAGAAUAUUAAUGGAGAUGCCGAUCAUAAUAUGAACUUUGUUGGGUGAAGUUCGGUUUUCACUUACGACCAUUUCUCUUGAAAUCGGGCUAACUUGAUUAAUUUUUGCAGUUGUUAGAUUUUGAUAAUAAUAUAAUGAAUAAGAAUGACUAAAAAUAAUUGUUAUUAUUAGAUUUUGUAUCAAUCGUUCACUGCAAUUCACAUUGGAUUUUCUGGUUUAAGCGCUAAAAUUGGUUAAGUUGGCGUCUCAGUAAAGACAAGAAUAGAUUAGCGUGUCUAUUGUUUUUGUGUGGUAAAAAAAACCUUGAGCAUUCACGACAUUUUUGUUGGAACGGCCGUUUUCGGAUCGUUCAUGUACACCCACGGUGGAAUUUAGUAUCAAUAAACAACCAUUCCUCCUCUUAAGGAAUUUUGUUAUGCAAUAAAGUUGAAGAAAGUU